UUAAAUAGCGUUUUGCGAGCAAAAAACUGUCAGUGUGACUCUGCGUUGUUGAUGGAGUAGGUCAGUUUCGCGGUGUUCUUCCUUUUCAAAGAGUAAAGCAGAUUGGUUUAUUGAGAGUAACAGUGUUUUGUUUUGACUUGAGUUUUCAGUGGAUUUUUUUAGACCAUCCCAGUGGAACUGGUCAUGUGUAAGUGUCAACUGGCUGAUUGCGUAAUAUCCACAGAUCUCAAAUAGCGAAUACUGACGAAGCUGUGUGUAUGUGUGCUAGAAAAAGAUAAUGGGACUGUCAUAUGUCCAGGUGCUGUGUGCAGUUUUCAUUUCUUCAAGGAUCGCCGAAGCGGGGAUAUUGGAUACCCUUAACUGGGCCAGAUCGGAUAAAAUCGAGGUUAACCUACCUUGGCUGCCGUUUGAAAAUGAGACCAGGUGCUACGAAGAACUGGGGUGCCUCAAUAUCACCCGGUCCUGGUAUCACUUGAUCAACAGGCCAUUCAACGUGUUCCCAUUGCCCCGAUCUGUGAUAAACACUAGGUUUAUAUUGUACACGAGACUUAACCCUUCAGAGGGUCAGCUGAUAAGAGCGAAUAAUCAGUCUAUAGAGAGGUCCAACUUGGACAUCAAGAAGAAGAUAAAGUUUAUUAUUCAUGGGUUCAUAGACACGCCUUUAUCAAAUUGGGUGAGAGACAUGAGGGACGAACUUCUCAAAUCCAACGACUUGAACGUGAUCGUGGUGGACUGGGCAGGCGGAAGCCUGCCUCUGUACACCCAGGCGACGGCCAACACUAGGUUAGUGGGAAUGGAAAUUGGUUAUCUGAUCAACUAUCUAGUGAAAAACUAUGAAGUGGAGCCAAGGGACAUUCAUAUAAUAGGACAUUCCCUUGGAGCCCAUACAGCUGGGUAUGCUGGGUCUCUCGUACCUGGACUGGGUAGGAUCACAGGGUUGGAUCCUGCAGAACCCUAUUUCCAGGGUAUGCCAUCGCAUGUUCGAUUGGAUCCCUCUGAUGCAGAUUUGGUCGACGUGAUCCAUACUGAUGGCAAGGGCAUCUUCUUUCUGGGAUAUGGUAUGUCACAACCAUGUGGUCAUCUGGAUUUCUAUCCCAAUGAUGGGAAGGAGCAACCCGGAUGCGAUAUUACCCAAACGCCUUUGGUUCCUUUAACAUUGAUUAGAGAUGGAUUGGAGGAAGCAUCCAGAGUUCUCGUAGCCUGCAACCAUGUCAGAGCUAUAAAAUUAUUCAUUGACAGCAUAAACACACAGUGCCCUUAUAUAGCGCACCAGUGUUCCAAUUUCAAUCAGUUCAAGGAAGGCAAAUGUUUUGCUUGUAAGUCAGGAACAAGUUGUGCCAUUAUGGGAUACCACGCAGACUCCACACCAGGUCUAAUAGAAAAUAAUGAGGUUUUGCCACAGUCAAAGCUGCAGGAGGCUGUCGGCUCUAAAUAUUUCCUCACUACUGGUCGUGAUUUCCCAUACUGUCAUCGUACCUACAGGAUCAGUAUAGAAUUGGCUCAGCCAGUCUAUGCAGAAAGUUGGGUACAAGGUCAUUUGAAGGCUUCCAUCUUCAGUCCGAAUGGAGUUAUCCACGCAGACCUGACCUCUUCUGGAGACACCAAACUUGAGCACGGAUCGACUUACACGACCGUGGUAUCACACCCUGUAGAUUUGGCGGGAAAUGUGAGGAAGGUGGAGUUGAACUGGGAAUAUGACAUGAAUGUCCUGGAACCAAGAACUUUAUGUCUCUUCUGGUGUAAUGAUCACUUAUACGUGAAGGACGUGUUAGUGGAGGAGAUGGAGCUACCUGGAAGGGGGAAAAGAGAUGCUCAGUUCUCAAGUCGGCUGUGUUCGAAAGGCAAGAGGGAAUAUGCAGACAUAUCGAACAGAGGAAAAGGAUUAUUUGUGGACGCUUGUAACACUUCAGAUAAAUACGAUAAAAGCUAGUCCUCAACGUACUUUUAAUCUAUAGAUUAAAUCGACUGACUGAGGAAGUGUCAUAAAGUAAAUAUGUUUUAGAAGAGCAAGCAUAGAUAGAGACUGUUAGAAUAUCUUCAAAAACAAAUCUUUAUUGUAGAAAUUUGAAGCGACGGAACUAACCCAGUUUAUAAUUUCUAGUGAUUUUUGUGAGUAAAUAUUCUUGUGAUUUAGGUAUACAUUUUAUUGAAAGUACAAAGUAUGUCAUUCUAAAAUCAUACAAAUAUGACUUGCAACUCAUAUAUAUACCAUGAAUGUCUUUGCGAGUACACAAUUUGCAGGUGAAGGUUUUACGAACUACAUAGAAACUACGGAACCUUAUUUAAUCAAGUCGGUCGUGUAUGAUUGUUGUUAUGAUUUCAGUAGGAUACAAAUAGAAUUUAAGUGGUGCUACAGAGCUUAAAAAGAUAUAAGAAUUUUAUCAAUUGGUGUUUAUACCUUUCAGUAUUUAGGGGUGAUCCACAUAAAACUUCCCGCUCUGAUAACGGACAAAUUUUUUGAUUCUGUAGAAGCCAGUUAAUAGAGCGCUUCGAGGAUUAAGACUUCAAGUGGAAUUAAAAAAAAAAUCGUUGAUAAGAAAUUAGUUUUUCUACAUUUAAACUUUGAAAAUUUAAUAAGUUUUGGACACUCAAAACUCGUAUUAUUUUCAUGGCCCAAAAAUGAAUUGACUUGCGGCUUCAAGCAAUAAAACUCAUACAGGGUGUCUCACCACGAACUCCAUCAAUGGAUAUCUGCUAAACCGCUGGAAGUAUUUCUUUCCAAUUGUGGUUGUGUGAUACAGGCUGUGGGGCCUACCAAGCUAAAAUAUUUUCGAGGUCAUCAUACUUCCGAUUAUACCAACUUUCUUAUUUUAAAUGGAACCCCCUGUAUAUUAUUGCAAUUUUGGAAAGAGCAUUUAUUUUUAAGUUAAAAACAUUAGCAUACUUCAUACAUGGAAUUGACCGUUUACGAGAUAUUUCGAUUUUUAGGCAAAAACUGACAUGCAGACUGUCAGAAAAAUUUAGUUUUCCCAGAAACAUGUUUAUUUUUUUGUGCAAAUUGGACAUAUUGUAGAGAUAUACCUAAUUUAGCAGAUUUGAAAUAAACAUUUUCCAGUUUUUAUACAAGGUGAUUAAAAGAAAAUGAUCGAAUAUGAAGUUCAGAAA